UCGACAUAUAGACGAUGGUGGUAGUGAAAGUAAACGAGGGCUUGCUGGAGGGAGAGGUGGUAAAGAACGAGUAUGGCGGCACCUACUACAGCUUUAAGGGUAUCCCGUAUGCACAACCUCCACUCGGUGACCUGAGAUUCAAGGCCCCUCAGCCACCAAAGCAAUGGAAAAACGUCCGCAGUGCAAAACAAUUCGGUUCGAAAUGCUACCAUCACGACGUGUUCUUUGAAAAAGGAAAAGUUUUUGGUAGUGAAGACUGUCUCUAUCUCAACGUGUAUACUCCUAACAUCAAACCUGACAAGCCUUUACCAGUCAUGUUCUGGAUUCAUGGAGGAGGUUUCAUGUCUGGUGCUGGUGAUGACGACGUAUACGGCCCCAAAUUUCUCGUAAGACAAGAUGUUAUUCUUGUCACGAUCAACUACCGGCUUGAAGUACUUGGUUUCCUAUGUUUAGACACUGAAGAUGUACCAGGAAAUGCCGGUUUGAAAGACCAGGUAGCAGCCCUCAGGUGGAUUAACAAGAAUAUUGCUAGCUUCGGCGGUGACCCUGACAAUGUUACUAUAUUCGGCGAGAGCGCUGGUGGGGCCUGUGUCACCUAUCACUUGAUAUCGCCGAUGACCAAGGGAUUGUUCCGGAGAGCUAUAGCUCAAAGUGGAACCAAUGUUGCAUACUGGACUCGAGCAUACAAACCUCGUGAAAGAGCCUUUGCGUUAGCAAGGAAAUUAGGAUUCUAUUCUGAUGAUCCCAAGCAGGUAUACGAAUUCUUAAAAGAACAACCUGUUGAGGCUCUUAUAAAAGCUAUUGUACCGAUAACAUAUUCAGAGAAAGGAAGAACCAAUAUUGAGGUAUAUUUUAGUGUGGCUGAUGAAAAACAGUUUGGAAACAACGAACGUUUCUUCCACGCAGAUAUACUUGAAUCUGAAUCGUAUGGUCUUCACGAAGGAGUGGAGAUCAUGACAGGAUACACCGCGGAUGAGGGUAUAAUGAGCUUAGCUGUUUUUGGAGAUGUUUCUGUAAGUUUAGAACAAGCUAGAAACUUUCCACAGUUUUUCAUUUCAUACCCAAUGUCUCUUACAUUAUCAACUUAUAAUCAGCUGGAGCUUGGGAAGCGAAUUAGAGAAUACUAUUUCAAGGAUCCCAUUUCGAUACCAGACGAUUGGGAGAAGUUGGUAAAAUUCUAUGCGGCGGACUUGUUCAUGUUUCCUGCACACAGAUGGACUAAAAUGUGUGCUCGAUCUAAGAAGAACAAGAUAUAUUUGUACAAGUUCACUUGCGUAUCAGAAUUGAAUGUAAUAUGUCAGAUGAUGGGCGUAGGAGAUUUUAUUAAGGAUAAGUCAGUAGUAGGUCAUGGAGAUGACUUAUUUUAUUUAUUUACGCCAAACACAAUGCCAAUAAUCGACAAAAAUUCGAAAACUUUCCAACAUGUCGAAAAGGUCACGAAACUUUGGACAAACUUUGCUAAAUAUGGAAAUCCCACACCAGACGGUUCAUUGGGCGUUACUUGGACCCCGUAUUCCUUGGCCAACAAGGAAUACCUAGACAUUGGUAAUGAACUUAAACCUGGCCAAGCACCGGACGAUGAGGAAGUACAAUUUUGGGAAAACGUUUUAACAGAAUUCAAACAGAAAUUGUAUUGAUCCGACAUUUUUAUGUAACCUCACAUUAAUAAAAUUAAAAAGAAUUGACAUUAUUUUUGUGCUAUAUCUAUAGCAUAUAUGUUUUUGAGUCCGGACUUCAGUUAAAAUAUUUUUUGUUUAUCCAGACCAAUCUGUCGAUUCAUGAU